AUGCCAUCAAGGGCGGCGAAGGCUGGGGCGGGAGGUAGAUCUCUCGGCCCGAAAGCUGGGGGGGAGGUGGGGGUGCAUGGAAAAAGUAGCGCUUCUCAACUAGACGAGGACCAGCUGCAGGCGAUGAAGCAGAAAGUGGAAACCCUGCAAGCAGAUCUGAGUCGAAGACAGGAAAGUUACAUUCGGAGGGAGCGCGCUUUUAACAUGCGAAUCGAAGAGCUGGAGGAGGAAGUGGGGAGCUUAAAGGUGCAGGCAGUAGUGCGGCAGGGAAGUAGUACGGGCAUGUUUUUCACUCAAGAAGGCAAACCUACCGGGGUAUCUAUUACUUGUGACCACGGUUAG